AUGCAAAAAACAUCAGUUUGGCUUCUCCUCAGUUUAGCCUAUUCUUUAUCCAGUGCAAGGAAACAAAGAGAAAGACAUGUCCCUGCCACUUAUUCCCAAGAUGACAUCGAUGUCCUCUCCCAGGGGCUUCUACAGCUUGGAGUGGAGCUCAAGAUGCAAGUGAGCUACAGCAAAAGUCACAUUGGCCACCUGUUUAAACAACUGGACACUCUGAACAUCUCUUUGGUUGAGCUCCUAACUCAAGUCAGCCAGCAGGAGAGAAAGAAAGAGGACCUGGAGAGGAGAGCUGAGCAGCUCGACAAGAGGAAUGAAGACCUCCAGCAGCUGGUUGCCGAGCUCCAGCAUCAGCUGGUUGCAGGGAUAAAGGACAGAGAGAUAUUCAAUGAGAGGCUAAACUUGCUGGAGCAGAAGGUGGAGAGCGCUGUGUCCUUCAAGGCAGGUGGGUUUUCUCUGACAGAGGUGAUGGACAACAUCAUGCCUUUUUUGCAAAGACAGAGCCAAAGAAUUGAUGAACUAUUUGCUGAAGUGGAAAUGCAGCAAAACCAACUGCAUGGACGAGAUGCCCUCAUUAAAAAGCUACGGGAAAAGGUUAAAUCAAAGCACAGAUUCACAAAGGAAUCCGUGAAAAACAGAAAUGGAAAGAAAAGCCCUGAUGUGUAGGGUGAAGAGAAUGUCCCAUCUUCAGAGAUCAGAGCAAGAAAGACGGUGCAUGAAUCCUAUGCCAGGGCAUAAGUCCGAGUCCACAGCAGGCUGCCUGCCCUGCGAAAUGGCACAAGAUUAGGAGGCCCUGGGGGUGUUGUCGCAGGCAG